UAUUACUCGAUUCGCUGACAGUCUAAGCGUCAUGAAGGAACAAUUGUCUGAGCACAACACGACAAGGGAGAGAAUGGACAAAUUGGAGAAACAAUUAGCUGGAAAACAGCAAAAGAUCGAUUCGGAGGUGAUCAAGGUUAAAAAUCAAUUUGCAGACCAUCAAACUAAGCUUGAAAAUGAUGAAAAGAGAUUGUUGGACUCACAGAAUAGGCUGGCCAAGCUGCAGGAUCAAUUGACGAGUCAGCAGAAAAAGAUCACUAACCACGAGGCAGCCGUUAAGGAAUCAGAGUCUAAAGUAAAGAAAAUAUUCGCCACGGUACAGAAACAUGGCUCUGAGGGAUAUAAACUGGCAGAGGUGGUGAAUGCACUUAAAAAUCAGUUGGCAGGGCAACAAACGAAGCUCGAAAAUGAUGAAAAGAGACUGAACGAGCUGCAGGAUCAAUUGACGAGCCAACAGAAUAAAAUGUCCACCCACGAGGCAGCCAUUAAGGAGUCAGAAUCCAAGUUAAGAACACUGUGGCAGAAACGUCUUGUAACAUUUCAGAAGCUCGGCUCAAAGUUUUAUUACUUUGAGAGAAAUGAGAAACUAAACUGGACAGAUGCGCGUGACAGAUGCCAAGAGCUGGGCAGCCACCUGGCUAGUCUGCAGGACCAGCAGGAGUUUGAUUUAGUGACUAAAGAUCUAUACGACGUCUACUACUACUGGGUGGAUGUUAAUGAUAUUGAAACAGAAGGCGUUUACAUGUCCAGUACCACUGGGAAGCAGGCAAAUUUCUUGAAAUGGAGACAAAUCCCAGACGACUGGAAGGGCAAUGAAGAUUGCGUUGAGCUGGCCUAUGAGAGCAAAGCAAAUGCAAUGGGAAUGAACGAUGUACAUUGCUCCGAAAAACACAUGUACAUUUGCGAAAAGUAGUUCGAGGGCUUUGUGCCAAAUGUUUUCCCCUGAAGAGCAUUGAAUAUAUCUCAAAAAUGUAAUCAUCUAAUUGU